GUCCCCCCCGUGCCCCUGCGUCUGGGAACGCCGGAUCCCCAGCCCCGGCUCGGGGCCCUCCCUGCCCCCCGAUCCCCCAGCCCCCUCACCCCAGUAACACGGGGCCCCGUUGCUCUGCUGCUGUGGGCUCGGUCGCCCCCUGUGGGAGGCAGGGCAGGAGCCCCACGGAGCGGGGGCGGUGGAGGGUCCCGGUGCCUCAGUGGUCCAUCGUUCGUGGGGAGGAGGAGCUGCUGUUCCCCCUGGCUCAGCAGGGAGCAGGGGCUCACCAUGUGUCCCACUGGGUGAGGGGCCUCAGCCCCCUCCAGCUGCAGGAGAUCUGCAUCGGGAGGCUGCACUAGAGCUGGGAGGCCUAAUGGGGUUGUGCCUCCUUCCAGCCCCCCGGAGAGACCUCCCACAGCUCGAGGCCUUACCCCAAACCUCUGGGUAGAGGCUGUUUUGGGGCCCCCCCCUCCUCCUGGGAGGGUGUAGAUGCUGGGCCGUGGCGCUGGGGUGGAGACCUCCUGACCCUCCCCUGGGUGUUAGCCAGUACUUGGCAGCAAAGGCUUUGGGUCGAGUUGGGCACAGAGGUGCUGCCUGGGGAGAGACCCUGCCCCUGAGAGGCUCCUUGGGGCCCUGCACAGGUAAUUUAUUCUCCCUAACAGUGUUGCUGUUUGAAGGGCUGGCAGCUGUCAUAAAUCUACCCUGGCACUGGCAGGUGCCUCCCCAUGCCCCAAGGACACUCUCCCUAUGCAGGCAGCUGCUACAGGCAGGGAUGCUCCUGACCUUGCUGGCCCUGGACUUGCAGUCCUGAGCAACAAGCAUCUCUGUCUCCCUGCUGCUCAUUGCUCCUGUGCAGGGCUGCUGGCUGGCAGGAAAAUCCAUCCUGCCUGUGCUGUAGAGCCAUGCAGAGGGGUGUGCAAAGCAGGCUGGUUGGCAGCAGGGUCCCUGCGUGUUCUCCUCUGCACCCCCUGCUUGCAGCCUUCCCCACCACCCCUGCCACCCACCAGCCAUGCUGCUCACAAAUAACCAGCCUGAGAUGCUGGAAAAACAGCCUGGGGCAUCUGGGGAUGCCCUGCUGUGCUGGGGAACUAGUAUGGGUGCCAGGGGGCUCCGCUUGCAGCCACUGGUCCUCCCUGCUGCUGCGGGGGCGGGGGGUGGGGGGUGACGGCAUGUUGCUCUGCCUGCCAGGCUGCUGGGGUCCUGCCAGGCCACCUCACUGUUCUUGCUGUUAUUUUUAUCUGAUUUGAUGGAGUCUAUUGCCUGGAACCUGCUGCAUCGUGUGCUGCUGGGCUGCACAUCCCCCCUUGAUUCCUGGAGCGAGGCCAAGGUGGAGCUGGGAGGGCUGCCCAGGACCAGCCCUCUCCUUCCUUGGCAGCCUCAGCUGCUGCUGUAGCUGGCUUGGUGCAGCCCCAUGCUGGCUCUGGGCUCCACCUCUGCCUGUUGCUUCUUCACGCUGGAGCUGGUCCUGCCAUGCUGAGAUGUACCCCUGUUCCCCCCUACUAACAGUUCCUCGUGGCUGUGGCAGCCACCAGGAGCACAGGGCUGUGCCCAUGGGGCUGCGCAGCCACCGAGUACAGCUGCUCUGUGUGAGUGAUAGGCCCAGUGCUGGAUGUGGUUGCUGCAGCCGAGAAGAGGCUCAGGCUUGGUGGCUGGAUGUCUCCCUUGCCUGCAGCGGGGGCCUGGGCCCAGCCCUGGUGGGAGCAUAGCUAUUCCUCUAGGAUAAGGGCAGCCCUUCUGGAGGCUGAGCUUUCCUGCUUCCUUGUAGCUCCAGCAAAUAAUUAUCCCAUCCAAGGCUGGGCUUGGCCCCUUGCUGCUGGCUGUGCCAUGGUCCAUGUGGAGGAGGCAGACUCCCCCCAGCCCUGUGCCCCAUGCUGGGCAGCUGCAGCGGGGCUGUGCAGAUCCCAGCCUCCAGCCGUGCCUUUGCUUGCUGCUGGAGGAGCCCCCGAUGCUGCUGUUCCCCUGGGCAGAGCAGAGCCACUGGCUAGGUCUAGGCUGGGGAGGUUUGCUGGCAGUUGGCUGUGCCUGGUGUGCCCAGCUGCACUCCCCCAGUCGAAUCGCUGUCCUGCCUGGCAGUGGAGCAGUGGGGUCAGGCAGGGCUUUGCCUCCUGCAUCUCAGGCCUUGGGCCAGGAUGCCAGCAGGGCCCAGGCACAGUGGGCAGCAGCACGUGCCCAUGGCCGUGACCUUGCUGUCCCUGCCUGCGGCAAGCAGCCUUGUGCUCCUGUGGUGGCAAUGCAAUCUCCAGCUGGCAGCCGGUGAGGCCCACGGGGGAUGCAGACGGUGUGGCCUACUUAGAUUUGGGCUCGUUUCAAAGUCCUCUGACCACAGGAACAGCAACUUGUGGGAUCGGCCAGGCACCCUGGGCUCGGCCUGGCUGGGGGCUGCGUGCUGCCUCCUGCCUGCCCGUGCACUGCUCUGCACUGAGCAGACGAGAAAGUGCCUCCUUGGAGCUCGGGUGGCGGCCAGCUGGGGAGCCCUCACCCUUCCCAUCAGCUGCAUCCAGCACUCCCGUGCAGGUGCGGUGCUACCGUGCGUGUUGGCUCUUCCCAACCCAGGGCAGGACAUGGCAGUGGUGGCAGGGCCUGGCAGAGCUGUGGGGUCCACCAGGGGCUGGUUCCUGUGUUCAUGGUGUGCAGUGCAGCUGGGGUCCCCAGCCCCGUGCUGGAGCUGCAGCAGGGCUGGGCAAGUACAGUGCGUGUGGCGAGUGGCACUGGUGCCAGCCUGAGUGAGCAAAGUCAUUGCGAGAGACUUGAUCCAGCCCUGCUCCCAGGCUUGGUCGGGGUGCACGGACAGGUCUAUUCCCUCACUGGCAGCCCUGGCAUUGCUUUAUCCCUGCCAGGCAUUGUGCCCGGAGCCUUCAGCACUGAAUGAGUAAUGCCAGUGCUGCCGGCUGCGCUUUCUCAAUGAGCGCCAUGCGGGGGGAGCCUGCCUGUGCUUAGUGGGAAGGCUGCCUGUGGGAAGCAGGCAGUUGGCGCUUCUGCCAUGCUGGCCUGGGGUCCCUCGCUUGCUGGCACCCCCUGCCCCUGCACUGCUGUGGGCUGGUGGAGGCCACUCUGCCAUCACGGAGGGGUGCAGUAGCUCUCAGGGCCUAGGGGCAGAGCCUCAGCCCCUGGGGGCUGCGUUUGGUCCAGGGUGGGAGAUGGAGCCAGGGAUAACAGUGGCAGGAGGCAGUUCCAGGGGUGCGGCAGCUCCAUGGGGCUGCAGAGAUGGGGCCAGCUCUCCCAGUCCUGCCAGGGCAUGUCCAGCCUGACUGGUCUUGGCUGAGGCCCUGGCUCCUGCCCAGCCUCCUGGGCUGUCUCCAGACUCUGCUGGGCAGCUGGGCUGGGCUGGGUCCAGCCACUGCCCAUGGGCUCCCCGGGGCCACACUGCAGCCCUGGCCUGCAUGGCUGGGGCAAGGAGCUGGGCAGCUGUUCCCACCCCGUUCCCCUCGUGCAUGCUGGCUGGGGACGGCACAAUCCAGCUGCAGGCACUGUAGAGGCGGCAGGCAUGCUCCCCUGCCACGGCCUGGGGUCUGCAGCCCUUAGGCUGGGAUGUGCUCCCUGUGGCACUGCUGGGGGCUGUCACAGAGAGACCGGUGGCCCUGGGAGGGAGGGAGUAAGGGCUGGGUGCUGCUGGUGACACGGCCAGGGCUCUGCCACCCCUUGUCCACAAGAAACCGCUCACAGAGACCUUCUGGGCAGGGCUGGCCCUGAGCUGGCAGUGCGGUGGGGGCUGCUGGGACCAGCACUUCCCAAGACAAUGGCUUGCUGGGUUCAGGUUUUCCAAGAAUGGAGCAGAAUCGCAGCAGGGCUGGAGACCUGCCUGGGAACCAUCCUGGGAGGAACAGCGGGAAUAAGCAGGGAGCCCGCAAAGGUCAGGGGAAAGAGCACUGGGCCAGCCGAGUUGCGUCGAAGAGGUCAAGGGUGUAAGGAUGGAGCAGGGGCUGCCAAAGGCCCAGCUGAGCAGCACUCUGCAGGGGUUGCGCGCAGCAGAAGGUCCCUCACACUGAUAUGGCAACAAGGCAAGGAGCUGUGCCAGCAGCCAGGCAGCAGCGAGGAGCCGGGGCCAGCCCUGGCACCCAGCGAGCCUUACCUGGCUGGUGGCGGCGGUGGUGCUGCCAGGUGAGAGCGGCAGAGAGCGGCUUUCCAAGGAAGGGUAUUGUAGUCGGCAGGGUUUGCACGGUGCUCGGGGAGAAGUUUCAGGCAGUGUAAGGUGUCAGGAGAGGCCACAGCGGGAGUGCAGGCAGCAGUGGGGUGGGCUCUGCCCCCGAAACCCCGGGUACUGUGGGCCCUGGGUGAUGGAUGAACCCUGUGCCAGGGCUCUGGGGACACAGCACAGCUGGCCGCUGUUUCAAUUAGAGAUGCUGCAUCGUCCUAAGAGCAGCCCAAGGCACUUGGCCUCUGCGAGAGGGCUGGUGCUGCAGGGUGGGAGUGGGCAGGUUUGGUGCAGGGCAGUGGGCAGCUGUGCACCGGGAUGGGCUCAGUGGGGCCAGAGCAGGCUCAGGCCUUCCCGGCGCAGCAGCGCUGCAGGCAGGCAGGGCAGCGCUUGGGCAGGAGGAGCUGGCUGUCCGCAGGGUGCUCUGAGGUCGUAUUCUGGCCCAGUGCACGGCAGCUGCCAGAGCAGGCUGUGCUGGUCACAGGGGCCCUCAUGGGAGCUGGUGACAUGAUCGCCCAGCAGCUAGUAGAGCGGCGGGGGCUGCGUGGGCACAACGGCCCCCGGACCCUGAAGAUGAUGGCCAUCGGCUUCUGCUUUGUGGGGCCUGUUGUGGGGAGCUGGUACAAGAUCCUGGAUCGUCUCAUCCCAGGGACCACAAAAGUGGUGGCUGUGAAGAAGAUGGUCCUGGACCAGGGGGCAUUUGCGCCGUGUUUCCUUGGCUGCUUCCUCGCCAUCACUGGAGCGAUGAACGGUCUGUCAGUGGAGGAGAACUGGUCCAAGAUCCAGCAGGACUACAUGGAUGCCCUGCUGACCAACUACUGCCUCUCAGGCUCCCAGAGCUUGUGGCUGUGGACCCUGUCCCUUCUGUCCCCAGGCUGGCUGUUGUCCAGUGCAUUGCCAUCGUCUGGAACUGCUACCUCUCCUGGAAGGCAAAUCGGAUGUGAGGUGGAAGCCGUGUUGCCUCCCAGGGAUUCCUGCAUGCUACCUGACUCUGCCCCACCUCUAGAGCCCUUGGAACAGGCGCCUGUGGCUGUGGAUGGGGCCAGGAUAUGUAGGGUGCUAGCAGCAGCCAUCCCGCUCGCUCCUUGGAGGAUCCCAUUGCCUGUAACUACAGCCCUCACCACUCCAGGGAUGCACAGAGGAGAAGAUGACGCCAUGGUCACCCCGGGGCUGCUCUGGGUCUGACAGCCUGCUAUGCCAUGGGGCAGCUCUGCCCCUUGAAACGCUCCUCCAUCUGUGUUCACUCCUCUCUUUGGCCCCUGGCCCUGCCCACAAGGUGCUCCUGCCCUGAGCAUUGCUCUGUCCGUCCCCAGCAGCACACCCCAGGGGCUGAGAAGCAGGGUGCAAGCCCUGGGUUAACAAUGCCGUGGGUUGGGCACUGCACCACUCAGAACCAGGGUCCCCGUGCUGCUGAGGGGCUGCCCUGUCCCAGGCUGCCAGCCCCAUGCCUGCAGCCCCCGCCGCCACAGGCCAGCUGUGCUGCCCCUAAAGUGUGGUUUGCUGUAUCUCUGCUGCGGACACUUGGAGCACCCAGUAAAUGGCGUUUUUCACUCUUGA